AUGUCGGUCGAGAGGGAGCCCAAAAUCGAAAGUGACAGCGAGGCGAAACAGAGCGUCGAUCCGCAGGUCACUCGCCCAGAGUCGGUCGAUGUCGCCGAAAAUAGAGAGCUGACAACGAAGCGCGGCCUAUCAUCACGACAUGCGCAAUUUAUCGCGCUCGGAGGGUCCAUUGGCACCGGCCUCUUCGUCAGCUCCGGCGGCACCUUGGCCCGAGGCGGCCCGGCAUUCCUGGUCGGAAGCUACGUCGUCAUGUCCGCUCUGAUCUACAUGGUCCUUACCGCCGUCGUCGAGAUCUCAACAUACCUGCCUCUCCCUGGCGGCACAAUGAAUUACUAUGGAAGUCGCUAUGUCUCUCGAAGCUUGGGGUUCAUGAUGGGGUGGUUGUACUUCUACUCAUUCGCCAUCUUCGUCCCUUUCGAGCUUACGGCGUCCGCACUUGUUAUCGAGUACUGGAAUCCGAACGUCAACAAUGCGGUCUGGAUCACUAUCAUGCUUUUGCUGGUUGUCGGUCUGAAUCUGCUACCGGUCAAGUUCUACGGCGAAACCGAGUUCUGGUUCGCCAGCUUGAAAGUCAUCACGAUCGUCGGCCUCCUGAUCCUUUCGUUCAUCCUUUUCUGGGGCGGUGGACCCAGCCAUGACCGACUGGGCUUCCGCUACUGGCAACACCCCGGCGCCACCAAGACUAUGAUUGUCGACGGUGAUGCGGGCAGGUUUGUGGCUGCGUUGUCCACACUUCUUAGCAGCGUCCUGCCCUUCACCUUCUCUCCGGAGAUGAUCGUCGUUACGGCCGGAGAGGUCCAGUCACCCCGCCGUAACCUGCCCAAAAUCGCCCGCAACUUCUUUUGGCGUCUCGUUGUGUUUUAUAUCGGCGGUACGAUUGCCAUCUCUGUCAUCUGCCCAUCCGAUGCCUCAGCUCUUACGAACGGCGGUUCGGGUGCUGCGUCAUCCCCCUGGGUCGUCGGUAUCAAGAACGCCAGCAUCAAAGGUCUGGACAGUGUUAUUAACGCCGUUAUCGUAACUGCGGCCUGGUCCGCAGGAAACUCGUUCUUGUACCUGGCCAGCAGAUCCCUAUACUCGAUGGCCUGCGAAGGAAGCGCCCCGGCCAUCUUCAGACGGUGCACGAAGCAGGGAGUUCCGAUCUACGCUGUCAUUGCCAGCUCUCUGUUCUCGCUCUUGGCAUACAUGAACGUCAACUCGUCGGCGGCAGACGUCUUCAACUGGCUUCUGAAUCUUGUUAACACGGGUGGUUUCAUCUCUUGGGUGUGCUGUGGAAUCAUCUACCUGCGAUUCCGGAAGGCCUGCGAAACCCAGCAAGUGCCGAAGGAAAUGCUCACCGCUCGCUCAUGGCUGCAGCCGGUUGGUGCAUGGAUCUCAUUGGUUGUAUUCGCUAUUCUCUGCCUUCUGAACGGAUUCACGGUGUUCUUCCCGUCGAGAUGGUCGGUGGCAGACUUUCUUUCGGCGUACAUUGGCCUUCCACUUUUCGUGGUCAUCUACUUCGUGCACCGCUUUCUGUACCGCGGAGAUACUUGGGCCAUCAAGUCCGAAGACGUCGACCUGCAGAGUGGGUUGGCCGAGUUGGAGGCGGAGGAGGACCUCGAGGUGCCUAGCGACAUCAAUCAAUUUGCCAAUGGUUUCGUAUUUGUUAUGGAGCUAGUAAAGAUACUGGUUGUGGGCUGCGGUCCGGUCGGCACCAUGUGCGCUUUUGCGCUGCAGAAGUCGGGGCAGGCAACGGUCACGGCCAUCCUGCGGUCGAACUCUGACUUGGUGAAAAGCCAAGGGUUCCGAAUCCAAAGCGUCGACCAUGGGGAGAUCGACUCUUGGAGACCUCAUAAUAUUGAGCGUACCGUCCACGAUUCUCUCCAACACGGCCCCUUUGACUAUGUUGUCGUCGCCCUCAAGAACCUCCCUGACAUCUACUCGAUCCCGGAUAUCAUCGCUCCCGCUGUAACUCUGGAUCGCACCUCAAUCGUCUUAGUCCAGAACGGCAUCGACAUAGAACAACCUUUCGUUGACGCCUUUCCAAAAAGCACACUUCUGACAGGCGUCCCCAUGAUCGGAUGUGAGCUCAACGGCCGCGAGCUUCUCCACAAUGACCCGGACAUCCUCCAGAUCUCACCAUUUCCGUUUCAGAGCCACGGAAAGUCUCGAGACUCAUGUGUCAAAUUUGCAGACAUGUACAAUCUUGGGGGAGCGAAGUGCAACAUUCAAGAAGAUAUCAUCUGGCAUCGAUGGAGAAAACUCAUCUGGAAUGCAUCUUUCAACACAGUCUGCGCCUUGACAAACAUGGACUCGGGGACCGUACAGGAUACCGGAGGUAUUGACACGCUCAUUCGCCCCGCCAUGGACGAAGUUGUGGAAAUCGCAAGAGCAGCCGGUUGUGUGCUUCCGUCGGGGAUCCAAGAAGAUAUGGUCGCUUUUACACCCAAGGAAGCACACUUAAAGCCCAGCAUGCAGGUCGAUGCUAUUAGAGGACGACCAAUGGAGAUUGAGGUCAUUCUUGGUAACCCUAUUCGUACCGCGCGCAGCUUCGGAGUCGCGACUCCAACGCUGGUGGUUUUAUACAACCUGUUGAAGGCCAAGCAGUGGCAGUUUACAGCCGGAAGAUGA